AUGGCGACUCCGGAGUCGAAUCCUCUGACUCCACUCUUCCAGGAUCUGAACAAGUUCAUCAAGAUCAGCGAUUUUGAGAAAGCGCAGAAAGUCGCUAACAAAAUCUUGACUCAUCCAAACGGCGGGUACACAAAUCAAAAGGCGAUUCUCUGCAAGAUCGUCUGUCUUGUCCAACUCGGCCGUUUCGAGGAUGCCCACGAGUUUAUCUUGAGAAAUGAGGACAACAUCACGGAAAACAUCUCGUUUGAACGUGCGUACGUCUUGUAUCGCACAGGUCGUCCGGAACAAGCUCUGGAACUCUUGGACAAAUCCGGAAACGAUGAUCUCCGAACGAAGGAGCUACGCGGUCAGCUCUACUAUCGUCUCGAGCGCUAUCGCGAGGCUUACGAUGUAUACCGCGAUCUUGUGAAGAAUUCGGCCGAUGAAUUCGAUCAAGAGCGGGCCACGAACUUGGCCGCUUGCAUAGCUGGCCUCACAGCGGUGGAUGGCCUUCCGAAGGGAGCACCGAAAUUGCCGGAGACCACCUACGAGCUCUUAUACAACAAGGCGGCUGUUCGUGUAGCGCAAGGCGAAUUCAAGGAAGCUCUGAGCUUACUGAAGAAGUCCGAAGAACUCUGCCGGAAAACGUUGAGCGAGGAGGAGGCCUCAGAAGAGGAACUCAAUGACGAAGUCUCAGUUAUCUUAGCCCAAAUAGGCUACGUAAACCAGAUGAUGGGUAUACCUGAAGCUGCCAACAAAUAUUACAAUCAAGUCCUCAGGAACAAGCCUUCCGAUGUCGCCGUGCUGGCCGUCGCGUCAAACAACAUCAUUUCCCUGAACAAGGAACAGAAUAUCUUUGAUUCGAAGAAAAAGAUCAAGGCUUGCAUUGCGGAUGGCAUCGAAAGCAAGCUCACCAAAAGUCAACGGAAGAGCAUCGCAUUGAAUAACGUGCUGCUCAACUACUAUGGCCACUCUUCGUCGGAGCUCUGUUGGCGCCUGAUGAAGAACUUGGAGGAAUUGUCUUCUCCCGAAGAAGCUGGGAUCGUUCUGCUGAAAGCGGCCCUCUUCGUGAAAGACAAACAGCUCCCCAAGGCGUGCGAGGCCCUCAAAUCCUUCGGUGAAAAGUACAAGAGCGAGAGUUUGGCAACGAGCCUGGCGUGUGCCCAGAUAUAUCUCAGCAACAAACAAAUCGAGAAAGCUGCCGAAACGCUCGAAAACCUCGGCGAUGCGACCUUCACUGCCGGUGUGUUGUCCGCUCUAAUUUCCUUGCACAGGAAGCUGAAAGACGAUGAGAAAGCUGCCCGGCUUUUCAAAAGAGCGAUUCAGCACCAUAAGAAGAACAACCCGAAAUCCGAGCUCUUGCAAUCCCUAAUCCGGAAGUCGGCUCAAUACUUUCUAAGAUUGGGCAAGCAAAAGGAGGCUGCAGCUCUGCUUCAAGAACAAAGACAAAGCGAUCCUCACAACGCCAAACUCUUGGCGCAGUUGGUCGCGGCCUACUCGACGUUUGAUCCAGAGAAGGCUAGAGAGGUUGCCAAGGACCUCCCGAAUGUUGAAGUCAUUGCUUCUCAAGUUGACGUGGCUUCUCUGGAAGCGACGAACUGGGUGAUGGGAACGCGACACGUGAAAAAAGUCGUGGCCUCACCAGCUUCGAAAGAUAGUCCCCAGUCCGGCGAUCCGACCAAGAAGGAAACGGCCCAGAAGAAAAAGAAGAAGAAGGGAAAACUCCCCAAAAACUACGAUCCGAACGUACAACCAGAUCCCGAACGUUGGCUGCCCAGAUGGGAGCGUUCGACCUUCAAAAAGCGGGGCAAGCGUGCGAGAGAAGCAGCCAUCGGCAAGGGACCUCAGGGAGCGGUCGGAAACACCGCCGACCUGGACGCCAGCAACAGGCCAACCCAAGCGGUCGAGGAAAACAUAACGCCUCGCAUGAAAGCGCAGAAGAAACUUGGUAAACCUCAACAGCGCAAGAAAAAAGGCAAAGGGAAAUGGUGA